CUACUCCCUUCUGGCUGAUUGGCAUGUCAGACUGAACCAGUCGUCCAGAGGAACGGCAGCCAGCAGGUCUUGACUGUUGGUGUGGAUAUGAGAGGAAGUCAGAUGUGUUAACCUGGUAGUCACCCGGUACAGAGGCCACUGCAUCCAUCUGAGCGGGACUGUCCGACCGUCCCGGUGGCUGCUGUCGCUACCUAACUGGCUAGCUAGCUAGCUAACCUCAUCCCGCUAACUUUACCAGUUUAAGGCGGUUUAAGAAACGAACAGUGUGGGGAAAGCGGGGCCUCUGGCUAGUACGACUCGGUUUGCAGCUGCCCUGGAGAUCUUAACACCCCGGUUUAUUUCCCGGAGCAACAUCCUGCUGAGAUGGACAACCUAAGUGACGCCCUGGAGAAGCUGAAGCUAGCGUCCACAGACAGCGCGGAGAGCUGUGUGGACUGCCUGCUGAAAGCACUCGCCAACAACAACACCGAGGCCAGCGUGAAGGUCCAGGAGAUGGGCAUCCUUCCCCUGCUCCCCACCCUGCUUAGCCCCCAGUCCUCCUGCACCCCUAAAGUAGCCAACAUCAUAGCUGAGCUGGCCAAAAAUGAGUUCAUGCGGAGUCCCUGUGUUGAAGCCGGCCUCAUCCCUCCUCUAAUUCAGCUGUUAAACUCCGCCGACCAGGAGGUUUUACUGCAGACUGGCCGAGCUCUUGGCAACAUCUGUUAUGACAGCCAUGAGGGCAGGAGUGCAGUUGACCUGGCAGGAGGGGCUCAGAUAGUAGCUGAACACAUUAAAGCCCUCUCCCAAAAUACUGAGCCGGAAAAUGAGAAGCUCUUGACUGUCUUUUGUGGCAUGCUGAUGAACUAUAGCAAUGAUAAUGAUUCCUUACAAGCUCAGCUGAUCAAUAUGGGUGUGAUUCCCACUCUGGUGAAGCUGCUAGGCAUCCAUUCCCACAACAUAGCCCUCACAGAAAUGUGUCUAAUUGCCUUUGGGAAUUUGGCUGAGCUUGAGUCCAGCAAAGAGCAGUUUGCCUCCACCAAUAUCGCCGAGGAGCUGGUGCGUCUUUUCCUGAAGCAGACGGAACACGAGAAGAAGGAAAUGAUUUUUGAGGUUCUGGCUCCACUUGCAGAAAAUGAUGUGAUAAAGCUACAGCUGGUGGAGGCAGGCUUGGUGGAGUGUCUCCUGGAGGUGGUGGCUCAGACUGUAGACGGAGAGAGAGAGGAGGACAUCGCUCAGCUCAAGACUUCCUCGGACCUCAUGGUUCUCCUGCUGCUGGGAGAUGAGUCCAUGCAGAAGCUGUUCGAGGGAGGAAAGGGCAGCGUCUUCCAGAGGGUCCUGUCCUGGAUACCAUCUCACAACCACCAGCUGCAGCUCGCUGGGGCUCUGGCCAUUGCUAAUUUUGCUCGCAACGAUGGGAACUGCAUCCACAUGGUGGACACCGGUAUUGUGCAGAAGCUUCUGGAGCUGUUGGAUCGACACGUUGAGGAAGGCAACGUCACGGUUCAACACGCAGCACUGAGCGCCCUGCGCAACCUGGCCAUUCCUGUGGUAAACAAAUCCAAGAUGCUGUCAGCUGGAGUAGCAGACGUAGUGUUGAAGUUUUUGCAAUCGGAGAUGCCUCCAGUCCAGUUUAAACUCCUGGGGACGUUACGUAUGCUCAUCGAUACACAAGCUGAAGCCGCAGACCAGCUGGGAACCAAUGGGAAACUGGUGGAGAGGCUAGUGGAGUGGUGUGAAGCCAAAGAUCAUGCAGGGGUGAUGGGCGAGUCCAACAGGCUCCUGUCGGCCCUCAUUCGACACAGCAAGUCAAAGGAAGUCGUCAGAACUGUCAUCCAUGGAGGAGGGGUCAAGCACUUAGUAACCAUGGCAACUAGUGAGCACAUGAUUAUGCAGAAUGAAGCACUGGUGGCUUUGGGUCUCAUAGCAGCGCUGGAUUUGGUUGCAGCUGAGAAGGACUUUGUCGGAGCCAGCCUGGUGUCAGUGCUUCACAAGCUGCUGUCGGACGAGAGGAGUGCACCAGAGAUCAAGUACAACUCUAUGAUCCUCAUCUGUGCAGUCAUGGGCUCAGAACCUCUCCACAAAGAGGUCCAGAGCCUGGCGUUCAUCGACGUGGUGUCCAAGCUGAGGGCCCACGAAAACAAAAUGGUAUCACACCAGGCAUCGCUCACAGAGCAGCGAUUAACUGCCCAGAGCUAAAUGAACCCCACCCACACCCAUCCACCCAAAUGCCUGCCUGACCACCUCAUCACCCAAUGAGUCCUCAUGACUGCUCUCCCCCGUGCACCAUCGUCAUUUGCCAAGGUACCAUGUCGCGUUAACUGCCAGCCAGACAGUCAUUUCUCUACCCCUGACCCUGCGCCCCGCCCACCUCCACUAGGGUUAUACUGAUGUCUAUUUAUAACGCCGAUACUUAAUGCUCUUAUACAAAUCAUAACAUCUGAGCUUUUUAUUUUUGAAUUACAAGUAUUCGCCCAGUUCCUUGUUAAUCCUUGUUAGGGUGGACAAGCCAAAUAAAAUGUCGUUUUUAGACUACUGUGGGACACCAACACUCUCCUUUGAAAGCCAUAAUAAUGAGAUUUAUUUAGGUGGGUUAGCACGUCCUUAAUGUAGGGUGAAGCAGGAUUCAAUUCAGGCUUUAUAAACACACCCCCCUUAAAUGAUCAAGGUGACUUGCUAGUCUUAUCUAUUAUCUUUUCUUUUUUAUAUACUGAUCCAUCAGUCUAACCCUGGUCCCCACCUCUACUUGUGCAUGCAUCAUCUGCUACAAGUAUCUCCACAGGAGCUGAGGCGCCAUAAACAGCCUAACGCAAUAGAUAAGAGACGACACUCUUUUACGACCAUAGCUGUGAUACCAUCCGCCGGUAACCCACCAGUGAAAAAUGUGCACAAAAGAACAAAAAAAAACUUCCUGUUGUGAUCUUUCUUUCAUUUUUAAGAAAAGCAGCCAUCCAUGAUGUGCCCAGUCGUGUCCCAUGUAGCUCGAGUAUAAAUUGACUAGAAACUGUGCAUGUUUUAGUCCCGUUGAACGUGUGACAGUGUUCAUUUUUACCACUUUACCGCUCGCAUAGUCCCAAGUACAGCCUGUCCUCCUCCGACACCUCCGGUCUUGUACGCUCCUUUUUUCUGCACUUGUUCAUUAAGACUUGGAUCUAGAGAUUUUAUCAGAUUUUUAAUUCCACCGUUGUCCGAACAUAUUCCCUCUGCUUAAACAGCUGUACAGUGAAGUCAGAGGUUCAUUCAGUUUCCGCCCUAUCGCUGAGAGAGGACCGUGUAAGAACCAGGUGAAGCAGGCAUAGUGGAGAACAGGGCUGUAGUCAAGUGUACCUUUUGUUAGUCGAGUCCAGUUAAGAUCCAAGACUGAAAACUAAAUAGGGAAUUGAUAGUGCGUCUAUAUAAAUGGAAAUAUGGCAAUGCUGGCAGGUUUUCCCCAUCUUAUAGGUUGUUAAGAAGAUCUAUUUAACGUCAAUCCAAUCAAUGCAUGGCAGUUUGUCUAAUCAGUUUGACCCUUUGCACACCCAGACUUCUAAAGAAAAGUCUCGUCUGUAGCACUGUGGUCAAAACUAAAUAAAAUAUCUAUAGGUUAUUUUUAAAGAAUAUUUUUGGACGGCAUGAGAUGGAGUAGGCAAUGAAGAGAUGUUAAAGUCAAAGUAGGCAUGAGACCGAGUAGACUGGACAGACUGGACAGCAUAGGUUCAAUAUUCACUCCAUGUGAUACUGUCACACAAAGGUGCCCCAAUAAAUCACAAAAGUGGGGCACUUCUGCGCUCUGUAAGAAAACCAGGGAGUGUCAUUUAUUCAGUACGAAAUAAAGCAUCCACCAUUCCUAUACGUGUGUACAGUUUGUGUUUGUGUGUGUGUGUCGUGGAGCAAAGUCUGGGAUCUUGUGCGAACAGGUAACAGAAUGCAGACACAGUGCUGCUUUUAAACCAACCAACCACAGCAGCUCCCACAAAGGUCUCUCUCUGUUUGACAGUUGGUUCUUCUACUCAAAGGGAUUUCCGCUAACAUGCAUGUCCGACACUGUACCGACUCUGUUAACAUGCCACGAUGUGUUUCCUGGUCUGGGCCCACGCUUUUUAUUUUAUUUUUUUUAUUAUUCUUUUUUUUAUUAAAGGUAUGAAUGGUUAUUUAUCAGAUUUGUGCUCUUCUAAAGACACAUGCCUGUGGAGAUGUAUCCAUAGUAACUGCGUAAAAUACUAUAAACUUAAGUGUUUGUUGUAAAUGUCAUGAGUUGUACAUUUGGAGGAUUGUAACUCGGCAGAUAAUUAAAAAGAUGAUAGCUGGUGA